AUGAACUGGACUGAAGGCAACCUCAAUCGCCACUCUCGUGCGCGGAAAGGCAAGGAGACCCUCCUUCGCCAGAAGGAACAUUUUGCAAAGGUUCGCGCCGGUCUUCUUGAUGCCAAUGUCAAGAUCAGUCCGCCUUCGGUUUCUUUCCUUGCUCUUCCUGCGCGGCCACCUUCUUCUGUCCGUCGUGAUGCCCUGAAGUCCACAUCCUCGAGGAAAUACCAGAGCGAUGACCGGCUCAUGUCCAGUCGCUAUUUAUCUGAAAGUCGUCCCAAAUUGCCGGCACCGAUUCGUCUCCCGGAGCAAGAGACGGGAGAUGAGGCCAUGCGCCAGAAGAGACGCAAGCUAUUGCUCAAGGGUGACUGGGUUGGUACUAAUGUGCAGAAGCCCAUUGAAAUGGAAUUCACGAAGACACGAGGAUCUCCAAGCAACCCAUGGGGCGUGAAGAAGUCGCGUCGUCAAGCCUCAAAACACAAGCUACGCCAGCUUCUUGGGGUGACGGAUGGUGAAGGACACAACAGAGCCCGACUGAGUGCGGAAGAUACCUUCACGCCCACCUCUCUCCGACGGAUCAAGGUUCGGGUUGGGAGCUAUGAGAGAGCACUAGGAGACAGCUCCAACGCCAGCCCCAGAAGCAAUGGUCUCCAUAUUGGUAUUCCAGGCUCUCGUGGUACCGUCACCGGGACGAACACCAUCAAGAUCGAGUCCAAGCCCGCGUCUCUCGUUCCGAUGCAAGCCAUCGAUCACAUAUCAGUUGACUCGGACAAUGCGGACAGCACUUUGGCCCAGCUUGGAGUCGAGCAACCUGCCGUUUCUCGGUCUCAGGCCGAUGAAAAUGACGUAUGGAGAACCUUUGUUGCGCCCCCUGACGACAACUCUGCCUGGAACGAGAUUGGAACUUCUGAUAACCUAGAAGACGCCGCUCAGAGACUGAUUUCACCAGGAAUCAGUCAACUCGGAGCAUCUAGUCAGCUUCAUGGUGCAUACAGUGUAGAGGCUGCAGUUUCUCCAACAGCAAGAGAAGUCGAUGAUAUUGGCGAGGACAAGGCUCCUACCGCGCCUGCUGGUCUGUUUGCAGAAGAAGCGGGACCAGACCCAUCUCACCAACGAAGCAGCGAGCCUUGCCCAGAUGAUGACCAAAACGCUCCAAUUGCGGGCGGUUAUAGCUCUCCGAGAGUGGGAUCUCAUCUUUCACAGCCUUCUGAAAGUCCCGGAAGUAACGAUAGACACGAUGAACACGCAAUCAAAGAGCAGAACAUGACAGCCGGAGCCUCUGAUGAAGUGUCCUUGCUCGUGGUAUCAAGCUCCCCAAAGCUCCCGCCCUUUCUCGACGUAGUAGAAGAGGCAACACCGUUCCAAAUGAAUCAGCAAGAAGACAUCGCUAUUGAGCUGGACGUACUAUCUCCUCACGCGGCUUUGCGUCAGCUCCAUGGGAAAGACUUAGCACCCGGAGAUGGAGCAUAUGCUGCAGUAGAGAAGCAGCUGCCCAGUGAGCGCACUCAAGAAGAUGAGAAUGAUAUGUGGAGGAGUUUUGUGUUCGGAGACUCCUCUGAGAACCUUGAAAAGGCUCUGGAAGAGGCGCGAAGAGAUACUGCGAGAAGUCUCCGGCCAUCCCUUCCGUCCACGAGCACUUACUCAUACGAGGAAUCUCAACAAGGCUUCACCACUUCUCCGCUCGGCCUCGAGUCCAUCGACAGACGUGACUUCGCCGAAGAACUCUGCGAUCGUACUGGAGAUGUGGUCACCACAGUCUCCGCAAGCCACGUGGCUACUGCAGGAGCAUCUUCGGCAGAUCUCAGUUCUGAGACUACAUCGGGGCUAGUGGAGACCGCCAUGCGUACCGAUCAGGCAACCCAUGGCUCUCCCAGCUCUUCAUCAGCGGCUAGUAACGACACAAGCCGACUGCUCUUUCCCAGUGACCCGAUGGCAUCGUCUACCUGCGAGGCAGACACUAGCACGUCCAACUUUGAUACAAAACAACUUGAGAAGUACGGCGAACCAGACGACUGCUUCAAAUUUGCGAGGCCAAAGCUUUUCGUUGGAAAGAAGAUUGAACAUGUCGAUGAACAGAGACAAAUCGCUUUGUCAGCGCCUCAAAUCCGGGGAAAACCUCAGACACGCCGGCGACAGAGGCGAACGACUGACGGGAGAGCCAACAUCAGGAAAUUGCCCAACUACGGCGGCAGUGACCCGAUUGAGGAGUUUGAAGGGGAUUGUCGACCCGAUCGAGCUGAGAAGGGGUCGAUGUUCGGCCCGCUUGAGACUGAGGACGGCUUUUGA